AUGGAGGGAGCUCCCGUGACAGCAGCCACGGGGGUCUUGGGGCCCGUCGUUGUGAAGCUGGGUGCUUUGCUGGGCAGCGAGUACAAGCUUCGGCGCCAGACUCGGAAGGACAUAAAGUUCAUCAAAUCCAAGCUCAAGCCUGUGCACUCUAUCCUUUGGGCGACAUGGGAGAGGGAGAUUCUCGAUGCGGAAUCCAAGUACCUGAAGAAAGAAGCGCUGGAUCUCGCUGAUGAUAUGCUGGACGCUAUUGACGACUUCAUCCUCACCAUGGAGCCCAGUCGCAGAAACAAGCACUUGAUGGUGCAGAGCAAGAUCAAAGCCAGCCGUCCUUUCCAAGAAUUCAAGACGAGAGUAGAUGACGUGUCGGGCCGGUGCCACAGCAACUGGAAGUGGGAGAAGAGCAAGCGUGCUGAAUCCAUCUCCAGCUUAUUUUCAAGAAGAAACGCCAAUUCCAGCGCCUCCAGCAAAGCGCCUCCUCCUCGAGCUCCAUUUGUCCGGAAGGAUGCAUCAAAGCUCAUCGGUCUGGAAACAUGGAGGAAUGAGCUCAUCAGACACCUGGUAGAAGAAGAAGAGAGCACAAGUGUGCAGCCGCAGCUCAAAAUGGCAUCCAUUGUUGGAAUGGCUGGUGUGGGAAAAACAACCCUUGCCAACCUUGUUUACGAGGAGAUUGGAAAUAAGUUCCAGUCCCGGGCUUUUGUGUCCGUCACUCCAACUCCCAACAUGAAGGAGGUUCUCACGAGUAUUCUCCGACAAGUAGGAUCUCAACCACUUGGUGACACCGAAGCAAGGACAACAGAAGAUAUCAUCCACGACAUAUCGAAUUUCCUAGAGGACAAAAGGUACCUAGUAAUAAUUGAUGAUAUAUGGCAUCGUGGAGAAUGGGACAUCGUCAGCAAGUCUUUCCCACAAAAUAAUCUGGGCAGUAGGAUUGUCAUGACAACUCGUAUUCAUUCUCUACCAGGAGAUGAAUCUGAUAAUAACAAGCUUUGCAUCAGAAUGAAGGGAAGAUGGCUCUACAGAUCUUAUAUGCAAGAUGCCUCCUCUUAUAUGGAAGAUGUUGCCACUCGGAUGAAGCCUGACACGGUUGAGGAAGGUUUUGACUGUGACCAUCCUAUUGUGCGCAUGUGUGGUGGUGUUCCGUUAGCACUACUUUGCAUGCUUUCAGCAAUGGCACUGAUCCGAGAGCAACAAGAACAACUAGGGGUACAUGUAAAUGCAAGUGAUGUGCAAGAUAUGAUUGAGAAGCAAGUUAAGCAAAGUGGAAUUCAGAACACUCCAGGGUUUGAACCAUUGGUAGAGAGUUUCCAGCUUGGCUACACCGAUCUUCCUCGCCAUAUGUUGAAGACCUGCUUGUUGUACUCCAGUGUAUACCCUGAGAAUCACCCUUUUAACGUGAAUGAUUUGGUCAUGAGAUGGGUCGCUGAAGGAUUUACUUAUAAAGAGGAUGUAGCAAAAGAUUACCUCAAAGAGCUUGACAACAGGGGGUUCAUGUUGCGGACCCAUGACGAGGCCUACCGAAUGAAUCCAAUGAUGCGAAAUUUCCUUAGAUGGAAAUCCCGUGAAGAUAAUUUCAUUACUUGUAGUUCCGACAUCACAUUGGCAUAUGCAUGUCGAAUCCAUCGGCUAUGUAUCGACGAUUAUCCAGUUGAUGGCGGUGCGGCGGAGGUGGUGGAUACCUUGCUGGAACUGGAUUGGUCCCAGAUUCGAUCUCUUGUUGUUUUUGAAGGUGCUAAGAGAUAUGUCCCUUUUGAGACGUUGGAACGUGUGCGAGUGUUGGAUCUUCAAUAUCACCAUGAUUAUCUUGAAUUCGUAAAGUCUCCUUGGAUGUCUAUUCUCGAAUUCGAGGCCCUUGGAAAUCAACAUGUGAAGGAUAUAUGUGGUGGACUGCUCCGUGUGAGGCACCUAUUCGGUCUAGAAGGAAGAGGAAUCAGUGAGAUACCACUGGAAAUAGCAAGGCUACAACAUCUGGAGACUUUGGAGGUAAGAUUCACAUCGAUCACAGAGUUACCCAGUGAGAUUAGGGACCUACAGCAAUUGAAGACUCUGGCCGUGAGUCGCAACGCUAAGCUGAGAAAGCUGCCCAGGGAGAUAGGGGAUCUGCAACAAUUAGAGACUCUGGACCUGAGCUGGGUGAGGCUGACGGAGCUGCCACAUGAGAUCGGGAACCUCCAGAAUUUGGAGAAUCUGAACCUGCAUCACACCAAGCUCAAAGAGCUGCCUCCGGAGAUUCGGAAGUUGCAGCAUUUGAAAGCACUGGAGGUGUGUGCGGCAAGCAUCACAAGGCUAGGCAAUGAAAUUGGGGACCUGCAGCAUUUAGAGACCUUGGACCUGAGUCAAAACCGGGGGCUCACACAGCUGCCUCGUGAGAUGGGGAAACUGCAGAAUUUGAAGUGGCUGCUCUUGAAUGGUACAAGGGUGGCGAAGAUACCAAGGGAAAUAGGGGAGCUGAAGAAGCUGGAGAUUUUGCAGUUAGACUAUACCAUCGGUGCACUGCCUUGGGAAGCUAGUCAGCUCUCGAAAUUGGAGGGAGUGCCAGCGUGCGUCCGCCAAGCCUGGAAGACGAGUGAUCUUGUGUCCGAGUUAGCCGGGGAGAUCCUGUCCGUUCGACUGGUCCGUUGGAGCACUGAUAGUGGGGGCCUAAUCGUUGGCACAAAACACAUGCAGAUUCCAGGGUGGAUCAAGGAUCACUUGAACGACCUUGGUUCAUUGGAUAUCAGGAUGUGCAAACUGGAGGAGCGGGAUGUCAAGAUUCUGCGGGAGAUGCCUUGCCUGCGUCACCUCACACUAAGGCUGGAGGUCGUCCCGAGAGAUCCCAUAGCCAUCAGUGGUGGAGGGUUCCCAUGCCUCAGCCAACUCGUUGUUAACAGCCGCAUGCCACGGGCUAUUACCUUCCAGGAAGGAGCGAUGCCGAGGCUGGAAUGGCUUGAGUUCCAGUUCCAGUUCUACGGUGGCCCGCCUCCACCUGCAAAUAAAGAACCCCAGCUGGGUAUCAAGCACCUCAGUAGCCUCUCGUUUGUCUCCUUUAGCUGCAACGAGGAAUGGUAUGGAGGAGCAGCAGAGAGCAGCCCAUGCAUGAGCGCCAUGAUUGACGUGGUGAGGAAAGAAGCCCAGGAGCAUGCCAACAGGAUCUACUUUUGUGUCACUGGCCGCGGGAAUGUGGAAUUUCCAGCGAUUGAGGAGAGCGCACAGGCUUCCAGCAGUGGGACAAGCAAGAUCGACAGCACUCCAAAUAGUGGGAGGGGCGAGAUCCACGAGGAGGAGGAAGAGACUUUUCCAGCGAUCGAGGCUUCCAGCAGUGGGACGACUGGCGAGAUCCAGGGGCAGGAGGAGGAGAUCCAGGAAGAAGCGUGA